UUACAGAAAACUGUCAGAAAACAUGUUAAUGGUUUUGACACAAAGGAUAUUAUGAAUUAUGCUGCAAAUGUUGAUAUACGCACUGACUAAGGUAUGGUAUAACAGAACAUACCUCCGGAUGUUCCGAAUUUCAGAAAUAACAGGUGCAACACAUUUCCACUCGUACUGCGAACGGCCGCUAGCAGUUUGAGAGCGAGGUGGUACCAAAUAUUUGUAGCCAAUAAUAAGAGGCCUAGAUUUACCCAAUAAGUUUAAUAAAAAUGUAGGAGACAU